AUGUUUGGCCAAACAUGUGGCCUUAUCAUCACCCUUACCUUAAUCGUCGUGGUAUUCAACUUUCAUGGCAGUACUAACAAAGUAGUUCUACUGUAUGGACGUCUUGUCAUAGCUAUUGCUAUACAAGACGCCGUCUUCUGUACUUACGAGAUUGGUGUUCAACAUGUAAGUUUAAGUUUUUAUUUUAGAUAUGUAAAAAGUAAGGGUAAGAUAAAGUUAUUGUUAGAGACGGCAUGGACUAGGGCUAGUCGAGAUAGUGUUAAGCUACAGUACGAAUUAAAUUGUUAUACUGUAUUUUGACGGGUACGCUAGGAUAGGUAGGUUAGAUACGGUAAUGGGGAAUUUAACACCGUAAAUAGGACAUUCAUGGAUACGAUAGGGCAAGACAAGGGUGUGGUAGGGUAGGAUAGGGUAGGGUAGGGUAGGGUAGGGUAGGGUAGAGUAGGGUAGGGUAGGGUAGGGUAGGGUAGGGUAGGGUAGGGUAGGGUAGGGUAGGGUAGGGUAGGGUAGGGUAGGGUAGGGUAGGGUAGGGUAGGGUAGGGUAGGGUAGGAUAGGGUAGAAUAGGGUAGGGUAGGGUAGGGUAGGGUAGGGCGGUUUAUGUUUUGAGCUUUUACUUUUAGAUUCUCUGCUUCUCGGGCAAUAAAAUGUUUGUAAAUGCUUAUGGUUGGGAGCAGUUUGCACCCGAAUGGAUUCUUCCGCCAGCGUUUUUCUUUCACAUUUUCUUUAUUUGCAACACAUUCACUUUCUUACCAGCCAUCUACAGCUAUCGUUAUGAGUAUUUGAAAAAAGUAAGUUGCAUUAAAUUUCAAAAAUAAAAAAAAAAAUUUGAAAUUUAAAAAAAAAUUUAAAUUUUGAAAUUUUAAAAUUUUAAAAAUUUUUUUAAAUUUAAAAAAAAGAAAUUUAAAGUAUCUUUUUUUUAGUUCCGAGCUAAGUUGGAUGAGUUUAUUUGCACGAUUGGGUAUAUCAAUGACUUGUUCGGCGAUAGGAAGCUUCGCGGCGGCCUUGGCGGCCAGAAAGUCCUUGAUUCGAGGCAAAGAGUACUAUUUGAAGUUAUUGCCUAAGGCAUGGUUUGAUGAUCAUGGCCAAUCUGUCUUCAUAUAUGCUGUGGAUUUAGUAAGUCUUUGCAAUUUUUGCAAAAUCGAUUUUAAUAAAGCUUUAAAAAAGUCUUGUCGUUUAUUUACACGCAUUUUAAUAGCAAAAAACGACAAAACGUUUGUUCUAGUUUUAAAUGAAGUAAAAAUUGUAAAAAAAUAAAAUAAAAUGUCUUCAGGACGACAAUGAAGCAGUAUUUUGGGUAUUUUCGACCAUUGUCGUAUCGUUUUCAUCAAUCAGCACUACUGUUUACUAUGCCAUCAAGUCAGCCAACGUUGUUCGCGAAAAUAUUCAUGAAGAAUCACCGAGUAGCAACAGUGUCCAAAAACAGUUUAAUCGUGGACUUAUGGCUCAGGUAAACUUAUUUUUAAUUAAAAUUUUUAAAUAAUUUUUAAAAAUUUAAAAAUCAAAAAAAAUAUUUUUGUAAAGAAUGUUUUUGCAAUUGAUUUAAAAGUGUUAAAAAUGCUAUUUCGAUGUUGAUUUUACUAUUUCUAUCAAGAUUUGAGUUAAAAAUGGCGUUUUUGCUUGCUUGGUCGAAAGCGAAAAGGCGCUCUUGUCCGAUCUGGCAAGUUAAGCAACGGUGCGCUUGAUUAUAAAAAGUUCGAAUUCGGAUGAGCAAAAAUGAUUUUUUUAAAUAUUUUCUAAACUUGAGUCAUCUUUGAUUUACAUUUGAGCUGUCAAGAAAGUUAUUGCGUUUUAAACUCAAAUAUAGAGGUAUUCUCACGCUUCUUUUGUCUUGUAAACAAAGUUUCUGCUAUUUUUAACGUUUGCCUUUAAUUUUUUCAAAGCCAAAUGAUAAUAAUGUUUAUAAUAUACUCUUCUAGACAAUUGCAAUUGGAUUCAUGUCAAACGUGCCCGCUUUAGUGCUAUUUUCAUGCAUUGCAUUGGGUUUUGACGGUACUUAUCUGGGUACUCAAUUCAUGUUCUCCAUGUCAUAUGUUAGUGCUACGGGGUCAUGUAUGACAAUUUAUUUUAUGAGAGGAUACCGUAGAUGGUUGGGAAAGAAGUUGUUUGGAUUGAAGGAUCGCUAUGAUGAUAAUACUAGCAAGGGUACCAGUGUUAAGAUCACUACUACUCAAAAUAAUUAA